AUGGGUCUUUUCAAGCGCAAGGACUCUAAAAACUCCAUUCAGAGCGACAAGGAAGAGCAAGAGUCCUUUGCCUCCAACAGUGCUCGCACUUCAAAUGCAUCGCUGAGAUCCCCCGGUUUCAAAGGGAGUGGGCUUCCCGCCUCCAUCCCAGAGCUCCCCAUUGCCAAACCCCCCGAUCCGGCACUGGACCCGGCCGCCUACCUUCGAAGCAUCCACGCCGUCCGGGACAGGGCCAAUUACAUUCUAGUCAAGGCAAAGAGGAACAAAUUGAACCAUUUCGAUGUGGACAUGACCAAGUUCGCAGUAACCGCUUCCUACAUCGUGUCCAUUAUCAAGAGAGAUUACGCUCCGGAAUACGAAUCUAUCCCUCCCCAUGGCCGUUGGCAACACUUUGACGUCGGUGGCCGACCCCGAGUCAACCAGCUUCUGCAAUCCUGGCCGAGUACGAUCGACGCGCAAGAACGAACCCGCCGGCUGAUUGACCUGUUCGUCGUCUCGGUAUUACUCGAUGCUGGUGCGGGCACCAAGUGGUCCUACAAGUCGAAGGAGUCUGGCAAGGUCUAUUCGCGGAGUGAAGGGUUGGCCGUCGCUGCCCUGGAGAUGUUCAAGAGCGGCCUUUUCAGCAGUGAUCCCACAGAACCCUGCCAGGUGGAUGGUGCCGGACUCAAGAAAAUCACGGUGGAUGUAUUGGCAAAGGGAAUGCAGCACUCGGAGCAGAACCAGCUGGCGGGUCUGGAAGGCCGUGCGGGUCUACUGAUUCGACUAUCGGACGCAUUGAACAACCAGGACUUCUUCGGAGUGGAUGCCAGACCAGGGAACAUGCUCGACUAUCUUCUUUCGCACCCAUCGACCUUGGCUUCGUCCGUGCCCAUCGUUCCGAUCACCACACUGUGGUCCGUUCUUAUGGAUGGUUUGGCCGGGAUCUGGCCGCCUUCUCGCACGCAGAUUGACGGUGUGUCGAUAGGAGACGCUUGGGUCUGCUCUAGCAUGCCCCAAUCUCCUCCUGGGCAGCCUUGGGAGAGCAUUGUUCCGUUCCACAAGCUCACACAGUGGCUGUGCUACUCCAUCAUGGUCCCAAUGUCGAAAUUGAUGAAUAUCCACUUUGCAGGCAGCGAUCUGCUGACCGGUCUUCCCGAGUACCGAAAUGGCGGUCUUCUGAUCGAUAUGGGGCUCUUGACGCUCAAGGAGGACGAUUUGAAGCGCGGCAUUGAAGGCUACAAGGAGAACGCACAGAUCAAGGGGCAACCCAACGUGGAGGUCGUACCACUUUUCAAUGCAGAUGACGAUGUGAUCGUCGAGUGGCGAGCCGCCACCGUGGGUUUCCUGGACGAACUCCUCGAUGAGGUGAACGGCCAACUGGGUCUGAGAGGAGAAGACCAAUUGACUUUGCCACAGAUGCUUGAAGCUGGCUCGUGGAAGGGUGGCCGUGAGAUUGCAGAGGUUUCGAGACCAAACACCAAAGAACCCCCGAUCAUGAUUCGCUCCGAUGGUACUGUAUUUUAA